AUGUAUCAACUCGUAUUCGAUGUUAGCAGUCACUGUAGCUGGGCAGGAAUUUCUUGUUCUGAGUUGGGAAUUAUCACUCGUAUCGAUGUUAGCAGUACUAACUUGAGAGGUACACUCUAUAAUCUUGAUUUUUCUCGCUUUGAUAGCCUUCUUGAGCUUGAUUACCAUAAUAACUCACUUUAUGAGACUAUUCCAUAUCACAUCAGUAACCUUCCAAACCUCACAGGCCUUGAUUUCAGUUACAAUAAACUAUCAGGACGCAUUCCGUCGAAGAAAGGUCUCGUUUCGGGUCUUCAAGAACUUCACUUGCAAGAAAAUGAGAUAACAGGUUCUAUACCUCAGGAAAUAGGAAACCUGUCAAAACUGAUCUAUCUUGACCUAAGUCAUAAUUUUCUGUCAGGAAACAUUCCAUCUGAGAUGGGCUCUAUUUCGAGGCUUGCAAAAAUUUAUCUGAAUAAUAAUGAGAUAAAUGGGUCUAUACAUCAGGAAAUAGGAAUGUUGAGAUCUCUUGAAAUGCUGAUUAGUGGUGUGAAUUCCUUGUCAGUUUCAAUUCCUUCAUCUCUCGCAAAUAUGAGUAAACUUUCAUAUAUAUGGCUUAAUGAUAACAAACUUACAGGAUCCAUCCCUCAGGAAGUAGGAAUGCUUAAAUCACUUACUGACCUUUCUUUGCAACUCAACUUUCUAACAGGUCCUAUACCUGCCUCUAUUGGAAACUUGAGCAAUUUGAAUAUCAUAAAUAUAUUUGAAAAUCAACUUUCAGGAACUAUUCCUCAGGAAAUUGGAAAUCUGAAAUCCCUUUCUUACCGAAAUAACAUGUUUUCCAGCUUCCUUCCUCCAAAUAUGUGCCUUGCUGGAAAACUUAAAACACUUAAGCGCUCAUCACAACAAUUUCACAUGUCAAUACCCAAGAGCUUGAAGAACUGCACUACCUUAGUUAGGAUUCGACUUCAAGAGAACCAACUUACAGGAAACAUAUCCGAAGAUUUAGGCUUAUAUCCAAACUUGUACUACAUGACCUGA